AUGAAGCCUUUGGUCCUCUCGAAUAUUCUCUCACAAAUUUCAUCAUCGGCAACAACAAUUCAUAAUGAUGAAGAGGAUGAUGAUCAUACACACAAGAACGAAAUCAACCAACAAUUUAUAGAGGAAAUUUUUGAAUCCGGAGAACGCUCACAACGACAAUUAAAGGAAUGGAUCAAGGGUGUCUAUGAAUUGGAAAAAUCAGGAAAAGACUCGUUGAUGGUUCAAUCAUCGGGAAUGAAUAAAUUAUUAGUAGAGGGAUUUGAUGAGGAGCAAAUUUGGAGUCAAUUAGAAACCUUUCACAAACCUCUUCUCAAACAACUUUCAAAUAAUAUUGAAAACAAGUUACCAUCGUUAGAGUCGAUUGUUCCCGAACAUGUUUUGGAAUAUUUACUUGAAGACGACGAUGAUGAAGAUGAAAAUGAUGAUCAAGAAAUUGAUGAAAGAGCUCUGCGACGAGCCAUGACCAAUGACGAAGACGAUGAUGAGGAUGAAGAAGAUGAAAACAAUUUUGAAAAUGCCGACGAGGAGGAUGAUGACCAUUUUCGUAGUUCAAAAAAGAGGACACAGCCCUCAUCUGUGGAUGAUGCACGAAAUUAUAUUGCAGAUAAAUCGGAGGCAGAAACAGAGGAAGAUAUUAACAAGUUCCUCGAACUCAUGGAACAAGAUAUGGACAAGUUGGACGAGAUGGAUUAUGACAUGAAUGAACAAAUAGUUAAUAAUAAGGAAUUGAGGAAGGCCUUUGGAGAACUGUACGGAGAUGAAGAGGAAGAGGAUGACGACGAUGAGGAAGAAGACAAGAAUACUGAAGACAUGAACGGAACUCAUAAAACACCGUUCGAGCUGGAACAAGAACGAUUGUUGGCAAAAAUGGAAGAAUUAGAAGGUCGACAUAUUGCAGAUAAGGACUGGCAAGAAAUUGGUGAAGUUGAUGCAAAGAAAAGACCAAAGAACUCUCUGGUUGAGGAAGGAAAAUUAACAUUUGAACAUGCACACAAAGCCAAGCCAGUAAUUACCGAAGAAGUGACUCGAGAUUUGGAAAGUAUUAUUAUUAGUCGAAUUGUGAGUGGAAUUUUUGACGAUCCCGUAAAACCAGAAGAGAGUGACAAGAAUGAAGAUUUAAAACAAGAUGUCCAAUUGGAACAUGAAAAAUCCAAGAAAUCUCUGGCACAAAUCUAUGAAGAAAUGUAUCUCAAAAAAGUGGAAGGAGUUGAUAUUGAGGAAGAAAAGAAGGAGGACCCAGUUGUUAAGGCAACCAAGCAAAAAAUUCUUAAACAAGUCUCAGAUCUUCUGCAAGUACUCAACCAAAUGUCGACCUUUACCUAUGUGGCUCCACCUCGAAUUGACCUUGAAGAUGAAUCCGAAUUGAAGAGUGUCACAAAUCUCGUCACUGGUAAGGAAGAAGGUGAGAAGAGUGCUCAUGAAAUUCUUCCAGCUGUCAAAUGGUUGCCACAAGCCAAUGAAGAAAUGUCAGAACAAGACAAGAAACGAAAGAGAAGACAAGUCAAAGAGUUAGCCAGUAAGAAGAGUAAGAAGGCUCAAGAAUUGAUUGAAAAAUUAAAUCCUGGUGCCUCUGCUCAUGCAUCCAAGCUCAUGGAUGACAUUGAAAAGAAGAAGGAGAAUGCAAAGAAAGAGAAGGCCACCAAACUCGAAGAUGCCUCUGCAGUGGGCUCAGAUAAGAUGUUUGGCAGCUCUAAACAAUUCUUCAACAAGAUUCAAGAAAAUAUUCGAAAAGUUCAUGGAGCUCGAGAGGCUAAAAAGGAAAAGAGUGGCCUUGUGAGUCGAUCGACUUCAAACAAUGAUACCAAUAAUGAAUAA